CCUCGCGCCGCUGCACCAUGUCCGGCCAGCGGGAGCGUUGCGAGCGCGAGUGGCACGAGCUGGAGGGAGAAUUUCAGGAACUGCAGCUGUCAAAUUGUGAGCUCUGCAAUCAUGUCCCCUGACACAAACAAUGACAAGUGACCUGUUGGUGUUCUCCUCUACGCCUGCCCGGGCUGCUCCAUCCCUCAGGAAACCCACAGGAUCUACAGGCAGAAGUUGGAGGAGCUGACUGCGCUCCAGACUCUGUGUAGCAGCUCCAUCAGCAAGCACAAGACGCGCCUGAAGGACCUGAAGCGCACGCUCCAGAGGUACAAGCGCCGUGCCAGUCUGGAGGAGGCGGAGCUGGUUCAGCAGAUAGAUGUCACCAUCAAGGAACGGCAGAACAUCUUCUUUGACAUGGAGGCCUACCUGCCCAAGAAGAACGGGCUCUACUUGAAUCUGGUCCUCGGCAACGUGAGCGUGACCCUCCUCAGCAACCAGGCCAAAUUUGCCUACAAGGACGAGUAUGAGAAGUUCAAGCUCUACCUGACCAUCAUCCUGCUCCUGGGGGCUGUGGCCUGUCAAUUUGUCCUUCACUACAGGGUAACGGACGAAGUCUUUAACUUCCUACUGGUGUGGUAUUACUGCACCCUGACGAUUCGGGAGAGUAUUCUUAUCAGCAACGGCUCGAGAAUUAAAGGCUGGUGGGUGUCGCACCACUACGUGUCCACCUUCCUGUCUGGAGUGAUGCUGACCUGGCCCAACGGACUAAUCUAUCAGAAGUUUCGCAGUCAGUUUUUAGCGUUUUCCAUAUUUCAGAGCUGUGUCCAGUUCCUGCAAUAUUACUACCAGAGGGGCUGCCUCUACCGGCUGCGGGCUCUGGGGGAAAGGAACCAUUUGGACCUCACUGUGGCUGAUCUAGGGGUGACUGGCACGGCCAAGCAGUGGGCGCUUGGUGGGUCCCUCACACAGGCCUUCGCCCUCUCCCUCCUCCACAGAGGGAUUCCAGUCCUGGAUGUGGCGGGGCCUCACCUUCCUCCUGCCUUUCCUGUUCUUUGGCCAUUUCUGGCAGCUCUACAAUGCAGUCACGCUCUUCAAGCUUUCCAGCCACGAGGAAUGCAGAGAAUGGCAGGUGUUCGUGUUGGCAAUCACCUUCCUGGUCCUCUUCCUGGGCAACUUCCUGACCACCCUCAAAGUGGUGCACACCAAGCUCCAGAAGAACAGGAACAAGGCGAAGACGCCGUGAGCCGCGGGGCUGCGCCCCCGAGCCCGGGACUUUGAGACUGCGGGGGUCUCCGUCGGCACCCUCGCUGCCGAUUCCUCCUCAGCAGCGCCAGUGGCCACUGGUGCAGUGACCUCAGGGGCCAGUGGCCUCCCCGGGAGCAGGGCCAAGGCCCGAGUCCCCGACUGGACAAGAGAAAUGUGACCCAGCCUGUCCGAGCAGUAUUAGCCACCCUUCCUAUUUAUGACGUAUUUAAUGCCGCGCCCUCCCCACCUCCCUAGAAUCGAAGCCCCCGCUGCUCUUGGCCGGACUGUCUUCCCGGGAGAGGCAACGCCUCAGGGAGCCCCUCUGUCCCCCGUCCUGGCACUUGAAGCCCUCAGGGCAGGGUGUGGACAUGCCUCCUGCGGUUGGAUGUGUGACCUGUUGCUUACAGAGUCGCAGGCGGAGGCGGGAGGAGGGCCCCGGGAGUCCGGUGGGGACUCCCUCCCCAGCACACGCUUCUGCUGUCGGCUCCCGCCUCCUCCCAGCCUCCGUUUCUCUGUGGGCGGGUAUCUACCUUCUCAGAGAACCGCUGUUGUGCCUUGUGCUCCUUGUGCUUCCUGAGUCCCCUGACUGCCGGUCACCUGGGGAAAGUGGCCGGGCCGGCCUGAGGCCUGGGGUUCUUGGCCCCUGGAGCAGCUGGGCCCAAGGCAGGCAGGGUUUCUGAGUCACCACCAGAGGGCGCCCCAGCCCCGGCACCAUGUGGGUGGUUUGAGGGCGUUACUUGACACUUCCUGACCCUCAACCCGCAGCCCAUCUUCCCCGAAUCCUUGCAGUGGGAACUCAGAGUGAGACCCAGACCCUCAGCGCUGGCCGGGACUUCAGCCAGCACCACUGUCACCCAGCCCUCCAUCACCUCCCUUACUCAGAGGUUCCGGAAAUUGGGGUGGGGGGUGUCUGAGCAACCUCACUUUCAGGAGGUCACACAGGGCAAGGUUCCUGGUCACCUCACGGUAGAUUCUGAAUUGGAGGGUGAAGAAGCCAAUUUUCUGCCCCUUCUCCCACACCUGAGCCUCAUCUGCCCUUAACGACUUCCCUAUAAAUCCUCUUGGACCAGAAGUCAUAGCUGGUGUCCACAGCUAUGCUGUGGCCCUCAAAGGGGUUUAAAAGUUUUUAAAUUAGUUACAUUUUUAAAAUAUGGAAUCCACCCCCAGUAAGAUUCCACAUAAAAAUCCAGAUCUUGACUUUCCCUAGAUAACUGGAAAGCCCUGGCCGCGUUCCCACAGAACAGCCCUCACCUGGGCUGCCUGCCUGCCCGGAGUGGUGCUUGCUUUCUAGUUUGCGGAGACCCCACCACUCCCUCCUAUCCCCGCCCUCCUUCACUCUCCACGCCGCCCAUCUGGCCCUUUAAGAACUUGGGUUUGCCCUAGACUCGCGUUGGCAACCUUUUCCUGUGACGGGCCAGAUGGUCUCAGUCACAAUGACUUUAGCCUGCAGUUGUGGGGCAAAAGCAGCCCACGCAUAAAUGAAUGGGCAUGACUGUGUUCCAAUAAAACUUUAUUUACAAAAACACACAGCGGCCGGAGUUGGCUCACAGGCCAUAGUUUGCUGACCUCUGUUCUAGACCCUCAUUUGUCCACGAGGCCCUGGACUCUGCUGGAACCAGAGGUCCUUGGUCUGAACGCUCUGGUGAGUCCCCAUGGGGGGGCCUCCGGGAACCUCGGUGGGGUGCGGUGGGCUGAGAGGUCUUGCCCUAGCAGGUGACUUCAGAGAAGCUCAGGCUUAGGCACAGCACUGGGCACAGGGUGCGGAGGCAGAGAUACCCGGGGAGCAGGAGCCACCUGGAGCCAUCACCCCACCUUGGGUAGCGCUGACUCCAGAGUGAGCUCAGGACCAAGCAGCUGUCAGUCUCUGGGGUACUGGAAUCCCCUGGGGCACUUUAAACAAAUUCCUGGGUCCCUGAACCCAGACCUUCCAGAAGGAAGUUCCGUGAAUCUGCGGCUGGGGGGUCCGUCAGUCAAGUCCGAUCUUGAAGGAGGCCAGGGUGGCCUCGGCUCUGGAACACAUCCCCCAGCAGUGGGGGCUGAGGGGCAGCGGGGCUAGACGACUCCUUUGCAGACAGGGACACAGUCUCAGGACUGGCCUGCCCACGAUCAGGAGCUGCUGUCACUUCAUCUGAGUUUCUGGCAGUGGGGGCUGCAGGUGAGGAGACCCCGGGGCAGGGGUCGGAUGGGUGGUCCACGGUGUUUGCUCUGCUUUCCGAGUCUCUUCUCCCCCUGGUCAUGUGCACCCGGAUCUGGGCAGAUGUCGGCCAGGCCAAAGGCUGCCACUGAAGUCCUCUGCGUAGGGUGGGCGGGGGCGAUGCAAUUCCUGUGUCCGUGUCCGGGGCUGCGUUCUCCUGAUAGGCCUGGUUGCAUCGUGGCCCGGCGCUCCCGGGGGAAGGAAGCGAGACCGGAGGAUGCAGCCCUGCCUAUCUCCCCAGCCCAGGGCCGUGGGGCGCUGCCAGAUCCACAGUGGCCCACGGACCAGUGUAGUUGGUUGUUUCAAGCACAGGCUUUGAGGACCUAUUGGGUGAUUGAAGGGGGACACGUGGCUGGGGGGAGAGUGCAAAGAGGGCACGCCAAAGUCCUGGGGACAGAUGCCAGUUCCAGGGCACAGAGGGCCCGAGUCCGCACACUCGCCCACCACCACACAGGCCACAGCUCGAGCUCCUGGUCAGAGCCCAGCUGGGAAAGGAGAAAGUUCCAGACCAUCCAAAGAGUCUUGCCACAGGCUCCAGACACAACUCCGAGUGCCCUUCGCGAGCUGGGGGUGGGCAGGUCCCGGGGAGUAGCCGGCCGGGCCCUGUCAGUCCUGUUCUGUUCUGAGGGCUGAGUGCCCGCCCCGAGGGGUCAGAGCAGCAGGCACCGCCGGGGGUGUUUCUGCCGCUGCGCUUUCUUCAGGGCGCUGAGGGCCACCUUGGCGGCCUCUCGGAAGACGUCCUCCACGUUCUCCCGAAACUUGGCGGAACAUUCCAGGUAGAGGGCGGCUUGCAUUUGCUGGCAGGUGUUCAGGCCCUGGGGGAGGAGGGAACAGCAUUCGAUGUGGGGCCUGGAGCCUGGGGCGCCUCCUGACACCCCCUGGUGGGCUUGGGGCUGGCUUUAGGGGCUGUGGGGCCUUGGUGUGGGGCCCCUCUUGCUCCCUCCCAACCUCCCUCCCACCCUCCUUCCCAACUCAGGCAGAAACGGGGCGGGGGGGUGGGGGGGGGAUGAAUUCUGAGAACGGGGUUGUCUGUCCUGUCUGUCAGGCCUGUGAGGAGAGGUGGGCUUCCUCCCCAGACCUCUCUCCCUUCUGGAAAGCACCGUUUAGGCAACGGAGCUUGUCAUUAGAAUUAAAAAUACCUAUUUCUAAAA